AACUGAAUAAUCUCAUAAUUCUCUGAUUCAUUGUUUUGUUCUCUAAAAAAAAAAAGCUUAAAGGCAAUAAUAUGAUAAUGGCGUGACACCUUUCUUCUUCUUCUUCUCACUUUCAAUUUCUUGCAAUUCACUCCAACUUCUUCUUCUCUCUUUCUCGAUUUCGUCAUCUUCUUCUUCGUAUCUAGAUUCUAGAUUUCGUUUCUCACGUUUCCUGCACUCUCCCCCAAAACAAAAAAAAACCAAUGGGAACUUGCUUCUCCAGCUCCACUAAAUCCACGGCUGAGAUCUCACCGUUCGACCUCGUCGUCAAACCUCCUCCUUCUUCCGACGGCGCCGCCGUCGUUUCAGCCCCGAGAAUCCCCAUCGCCACGAAAACUGAAACGGCGGCGACGGUGAGCUUCGCCGCUACAGUGAGACUGUUCGGACCUCCAAACAGUCUGGUGACGUCGUAUCUCCGAUUCGCUCUCCUUCACAAGAAAGUACCGCUCCGUUUCGUCCCUUCAGAAGACCAAAAGCCGACGAUUCAAGUCGGAUCCGAGACGGUGUCGGGAUCUCAGGAGGUUCUUCUCCGUUACAUCGAGGAUAAGUUCCCGGAGCCGCGUCUGAUGAUUUGGAAGUUCAAUCUCGAAGGUUUCGACGAAGACACUCCGUUGAUAGUGAGAGUGAUUUGGCUACAGCACAGGAGCAUGCUUUGGCAUAUGGAGAGGAUGUUGAGAUGGUCGGAGGAUCUGGCGGCGCGUGGUGGUAAAAGAGCUGUGGAUCCGUCGGUUGGUACUCCGAAGAUGGAGAUUAGGAAAUUCGCAAAGAGCUAUACUCAUUUACAAGAGCUUAUGGUUGAACACGCUCAGAUGGAAGAGAGAAUCUUGUUCCCUGUUCUCGAAUCUGUUGAUCGAGGGAUGUGUAAAAGUGCGAAUGAGGAACAUGGGAGAGAGUUACCGAAGAUGAAUGGGAUCAAAGAAGAUAUCAAAUCAAUUGGAGUUUUGGAUUCUGGGAUUUGUUCAGAAGCUCUUAUUAGUCUUGCUUCUCGUUUCAAGUCAUUGCAGAUGAUGUGUAAAGCACAUUUUGAAGAGGAAGAGAAAGAUUUGUUGCCAAUGGUGGAAGCUGCAGAAAUGGGGAAAGAGAAGCAUAAGAAACUGAUGAAUCAAGGAUUGGAAGUUAUGAGAGGAACUCAUUCUGAUUCCUUUGAUUUCCUACUAGAAGGUCUUACUCCUCAAGAAGCUAUGCAGUAUCUUGACUUGCUCAUGAAAUUUGGUGAUCCAAGUCUCAUCUCGUGUUUUCUUUGCUCUGACAUUCUUGACUGAUUUAUCUUUCUAGGCUCACUUUGUGAAAAAAAAAAAACAAAAACUGUUGUUGUGAAUUUGUUGUGUAUAUAGAGAGUCAGAUUGUCGAUCAGGUGUUGCUAUGUUUUUCUCCUACUUUUAGAUUUAAUUUAAAAACAAAACGAAAACGGUUGUGUUAUGUAACUCAUAAGAGGGCAAGAGAUAUUUUUAUGAUGGUUAAACAAGUUUAAUUCGUUUGUCA